AUCGUUUAACUUUCCCGAGAAACACAAAAGCCUAAAAAAUCUAUGAACUCUCUGUUAGAGAUCUUGCACUCACGCGCGAUCAUCUUCGAAUCCUAAGUUUAGGGUUUCAACUUUCCAUUUUCCAAUCACCUCUUCUAAAUGUACCCAGCACAAUAAUCACGGAAAAUUUUGUUACUAGUUUAUGAUGACUUGAAGUGCUUCUUCUUAUGAGCUUACUUUGAAGGAAAUGUCGUUCGACAAUCAACCAUUUUGGAUGGGAAAGAGUUCUGGGAAUUUGAAUGACAGUGACGACAUGACAUAUGAGAAUUCUUCUAGACUCGAGUCAAAGCGUUCUAAUCAGUCCUUCAUGGAUGGCCUUGAAGUGGAUCUGUUUCCCAAUAAGAAACAAGCAGUAGAGGCUCCAAACAGUUUAUCGUCAGGAAUGCUCAGCUCAAAUAUUUUGUCAUGGGGAAAUUCUACUCUUCACUCUUUAACUGGCCAUUUUACUUCACAACUAUUUGAUCCUGGUGCUGCAAUUAUGAAUUUUGAAGACACAAAUGUUUGCCCUUUAACCAUAGAUAAUAAGUUGAGUGCGGAAAGAAAGGAUAUCUUGGAUCCUUUUGGGGGCGAUGCCUCAUUUGGUUUAUCAAUGUCAACUACACUAGAAGAUUCUCAACCAGUUUUUAAUCACAAUGGGAUUAGAAAAGUCAAAGUUAAUGAGGUGAAGGAGAAGGAGUCUGAGAAUUUCAUGUCUGUUCCAAGCAAUAAUCCCUAUGAUGGAGGGGUUAGCAACAUUGUGUCAAAUACUCAUGCAUUCAAGGAAGGUGAUUAUUCAAUAUCAACAUGUCUCUCAUACAACAAAGGGGAUGCCAAUGUAAUAUUGACGGGUGGCGCUUUUGACAGGACAGAGAACAAUUUAGUGUCGAUGAGUCAAUCUUAUAACAAGGGAGAUGGCAAGUUAUCAAUACCUUCAACAUACACAGAUAUUUGUACUGCAAUAUCAAUGGAUGAAGGGUACAGUAAUGUAGAUAGUAAUGUUGUGUCUAUUGCUCAAGCUUACAACAAGGCCCAUGACAAUUUUAUGUUAAGUAACCACUUAUUCAAUAAGGCUGGAGAUGGCACCAUAUCAAUGGGUAACACUUACCAUCAGAGGGGUAAUGACAUGCCAUUUGUUUCUUGUUCUUAUAAUAAAGGAGAAAGCAGUAUUAUAUCCUUUGGUGGCUGCGACGACGACGAUGCAACCCCAUCUGACUUAUUUGUUUCCGACUACGGGCUGUUUAUGGGUCAGGCGCCUUCACAUAUGUCACAAGUUGCAAAAGAAAGAGGUUUGGUUAGAUCAAGCUCUAAAGUACCUCUAAGUACAGGUCAGACGUCUGCAUCUGAAACUGAAAAUGUUCCCAAGACAAAAGAGGAGAUGAAAAUGUCCAAAAAGGCUACUUCAAAUAACUUCCCUUCAAACGUCAGAAGUUUGCUAUCCACUGGUAUGCUGGAUGGUGUCUCUGUAAAGUAUAAAGCUUGGUCACGGGAGAAGGAACUUCGAGCUGUUAUAAAAGGUGCUGGAUAUUUGUGCAGCUGUCCGUCGUGUAGUUUUUCCAAGGUUAUUAACGCAUACGAGUUUGAAAGGCACGCUGGUUGCAAGACGAAACACCCAAAUAAUCAUAUUUACUUUGAGAAUGGGAAAACCAUAUAUGGAGUGGUACAAGAGCUCAGGAGCACUCCACAGAAUAUGUUAUUUGAAGUUAUUCAGACAAUAACUGGUUCACCUAUCAAUCAGAAAUCCUUCUGCAUUUGGAAAGAAUCCUUUUUGGCAGCAGCACGUGAGCUCCAGCGCAUAUGUAGAAAAGCAAUUGUUAUAAAGAAGCAAAUUUGAGUUGUAAUAUGGAACAACCUUGUUGGGUUAUCAAGUGUUCUGUUUUGAUACUCC